ACUCCGGAUUCUCACCGCAAAAAGAAAAGCAUGUCAUAAGGUCCCCCCACCAGGUUGAAAUCAAACCUAAUUCCCAUUCCCUACUUCCUUUUCCUCACUAUAAAAAUAUGCACUAUAAAUAACCAGUAAUCUGAACAUUAUGCCCAAACAAAACAUAAUCUGAACAUUAUGCCCAAACGAAACAUUCAUUCAUUUGUCUAAAGCAUAUCACAUUGGCCUCUUUGCAGAAUUGAGGAUAACAACUGCUUAGAAAAAAGUAUUUUUGUUCUUCUAUCUGUUUAAACUUCUAUGUUGCCAUUUCAAAUUAUCCUACAUGGAUUUCUUCUCUGGGCUUCCAUGGGUUUCUUGAUGCCUAUAGGGAUUCUUGUAAUAAGAAUGUCAAAUAGAGAGGAAUGUGAAAGAAGGCUAAAGAUUAUUCUCUAUGUUCAUGCUACUUUACAGAUACUAUCUCUUCUCCUUGUAACAGUAGCAGCAAUCAUGUCGAUAGAAAGCUUCGACAACUCUUUCACAAAUAAUCACCAAAGGAUUGGCUUAGCUUUGUAUGGUGCCAUAUGGCUGCAAGCAGCUACUGGAGUUUAUAAGCCUGACAGGGGAAGCAAAGGAAGGAGUAUAUGGUUUCCAAUUCACUGGCUUCUUGGAGUCACAGUUUCUUUACUGGGAAUCAACAACAUAUAUACAGGUUUACAGAACUAUCACACAAGAACAAUGAGAAGCACAAGUGUUUGGACCUUGGCUUUCACAGUUGAGAUUGUUGUUAUCCUGUUCAUCUAUCUACUCCAAGAAAAAUGGCAAUAUAUAAAGCAAAUCAGGAGUCAUUUAGUCAAUGAAACAGUAACGACAAACGAAUUAAGAAACAUCUUCAACAGAUGAGAAAAGGAAAUGUCAUCAUCAUAGCCAUGUUAAGGCUUACAGACAGACAAAUUAUUUGACUUAUAUUAACGUUAAAUUCUUUCCAACCUAGUUACAAUU